AUUAAUUAAUUCACAGCAGAUUAAUGAUCCAAUGAAUUACUAAUGGAUCAACAAACUUUUUCCAAUAAAUAAUUCAUCUUCUGAUCUCGAUUCCCAAAUUUCACCCAUCAAUCAUCAUUCAGCUCAAGUAUUCAAAUCACAUUUGAAAUACCCAAUUCAUUCAAUGCUUCUUGGAUUAUUAAUUAUUUCAGAUUUACUCAAACAUUAAUUGCCAUUUAACUAUUUUAUUACAGUAAUUGUAGAAGAUAAAGAAUAUUUUCAAUACAAUAAACCGACAUCUAAAUUACCCACCAACCAAAUUUUUAUUGUUCAUCACCAAACCUCACAAAUCUGCUGAUUACGACAUCAAUGGCGGAGUAUUAGAGAAGAAAUUAGCUAAACCCAUCAUCAGUUUUUGAUUUUGACGUUUCCUCCGACACUUUUUCUAUCCUUUAAGCAACAGUCGACUCUUUAAGACAAUACCCACAAAUCUAUUUUGGGCAUUUUUUUCAUUUCAAAAUUUGGGGGGUUUUUUAGGGUUCAAUCUGUAUUUAAUACAGUCUUAGUUGACUCAAGCCCAUCAAUCUACAUUUGUUUUUCGCGGUUCUCCCUUCUAUAAUUUCUCCUUUUCUGGUGUGUGAUUGAGUUGAUCAGUGGGAAGAGUCGAAAUGGUGAAUUCUGGGCCUACUACGCCCGGACAGAUAUCAUUUCUGCUUGGAUUUAUUCCAACUUUGGUUGCUUGGGUCUACUCUGAGAUUUUGGAGUACAAGAAGUCUUCAUCUCUCUCAAAAGUCCAUUCCGAUAAUAACCUUGUUGAGUUGGGAAAUGAGGUUGCUAAGGAAGACGACCGAACAGUACUUAUGGAAGGAGGCCUUUCGAAAACAACAUCACAAAAGUCUGCUUCUUUUUCAAUCAAGUCAAACUUGAUAAGGUUUGUGACAAUGGAUGAGGCAUAUUUGAUGGAGAACCGAACAACCUUGAGAGCCAUGGCUGAGUUCGGGAUGUUAUUGGUAUACUUUUAUGUCUGUGACCGGACAAGUAUACUCGGAUAUUCAACCAAGAAUUACAAUCGUGAUCUUUUCUUGUUUCUCUAUGCGCUAUUAAUCAUUGUUUCAGCAAUGACUUCGCUCAAGAAACACCAAGACAAGUCAGCUUUUUCUGGGAAAUCAAUACUUUAUCUGAAUCGACACCAGACUGAGGAAUGGAAGGGUUGGAUGCAGGUUUUGUUCUUGAUGUAUCAUUAUUUUGCUGCCGUGGAGAUCUAUAAUGCUAUACGUGUGUUUAUUGCUGCGUAUGUUUGGAUGACUGGCUUUGGAAAUUUUUCUUAUUACUACAUAAGGAAGGAUUUCAGUCUUGCCCGCUUUGCUCAGAUGAUGUGGCGUCUCAAUUUCUUUGUUGCGUUCUGCUGCAUUGUUUUGAAUAAUGAUUAUAUGUUAUACUACAUUUGUCCAAUGCAUACACUUUUUACUCUUAUGGUGUAUGGCGCUCUCGGUAUAUUCAACAAGUACAACGAAGUACCAGCGGUGAUGGCAGUGAAGAUUAUUUCAUGCUUUUUAGUGGUUAUACUAGUUUGGGAAGUCCCGGGAGUUUUCGACUUGAUUUGGAGUCCUUUCAUAUUCCUUUUAGGGUACACUGAUCCUGCAAAACCCGAUCUUCCUCGAAUACAUGAAUGGCAUUUCAGAUCUGGACUUGACCGUUACAUCUGGAUUAUUGGAAUGAUCUACGCGUAUUACCAUCCAAAUGUUGAAAAAUACAUGGAAAAGUUAGAAGAAUCUGAACCGAAGAAGAGAAAUGCAAUCAAAACUGUAAUAGUUGCUGUUGCAGUAACUGUUGGUUACUUGUGGUAUGAAUACAUUUAUAAGCUGGAUAAAAUCACAUACAACAAGUUUCACCCAUAUACAUCAUGGAUUCCUAUAACUGUAUACAUAUGCUUGCGCAACUUCACACAACACCUGCGUAAUUAUUCGUUGACUCUCUUUGCAUGGCUUGGGAAGAUCACUUUGGAGACUUACAUUGCUCAAUUUCAUAUAUGGUUAAGAUCAAAUAUGCCCAAUGGACAGCCCAAGUGGCUUCUCUCUCUGAUCCCAGAGUUCCCAAUGCUGAACUUCAUGCUUACUACUGCUAUAUAUAUUUUGGUUUCCUAUCGGCUAUUUGAGCUGACUAACAUACUCAAGAGUGUAUUCAUUCCAACGAAGGAUAACCGGCGUUUGUUGCAUAAUUUCAUCGCUGGUGUUGUUAUUUCCUUUGCUUUGUAUUUUCUCGCUGUUGUCCUCCUCCUGAUACCUAGCUCACCGGCCUAAUUCGUGGAACAAGUAUUCAUUUUACGAUACAGUUACAUGGAUGAACCAGAAAGCUAGCUAGGAUGGAUCCGAAUCAGGGAACUUUGGAAUGUAGUUUCCUGCAAUUGUAGUUGAUGAAGCUACAUAUAGCCAAGAUUAAGUCGAUCAUAGUCGGAACGAGGGAAGAAAGCCCAUCAGUGUAGAAAAUUAUGAAGCAAAUUUUUAAGAGUAUUUUUUCCGAUCCCUAACCGAUGUCGUGUUCGCUCGUGUUGUGUGUGAGCUAUAUAUAGAAAAAGUUGUAGUUUUUUACUCCGAUUUGUUAUUCGGGUGAAGUGGUAUGGGAUCAAAUUGGUUAAUCAUUAGAAGUGUAUUUUUUUGUUGUAUUCUUGUGAACAUUGAUGUGUCCGGCAGGCCAUACAUUUCGAGUAAAGUGAUCGUUUUUCAUGGAA